CCUUCUCCCCGACUCUGUCUCUUUUCCUUCAUAUUCCUUUCUUCUCUCCUCACUCACCCCAUUUUCUUAUUCAAAAAGACGUUCCCAGAACACCCAAAUCCCUAAUUCUUUCAUUUCCUCUCCUUCCACCAUGGCCUUUCCCUUCCUCCUCUACCUUUCCUUCCUUUUUCUCUCCCUUCCCGCCCUUUCCUUAUCCCAACAACAACAGCAACAGCCCCCCAAAGGAUAUUUAAUUGAUUGCGGCGCGAUCGGGAGUUCCAUGAUAGACGGCAGAGUAUGGCUUACCGACGACGGUUUCAUCUCCUCCGGAACGGCAAAAAACUUAACCGUUCCCAACCUCGUCCCAACUCUCUCCACCGUCCGAUCUUUCCCUAUUCGGAACGGUCUCCGGAGGAAGUUCUGCUACGUGGCACGCGUCUACCGCGGCGCGAGGUACUUGAUCAGGUCAACUUACUACUACGGCGGGGUCAACGGGUUGGAUUUCCCUUCGCCUCCCGUUUUCGAUCAGAUUGUGGACGGCACGUUCUGGAGCGUGGUGAACACGACGGAGGAUUAUUCAAAAGGCCUGUCGUCGUAUUACGAAGGCGUGUUUGAAGCUAAAGGGAGUACCAUGAGUGUGUGCAUUGCUUCGAACACGUAUACGGUGUCCGACCCGUUUAUUUCGAGCUUGGAAAUGCUGAUUUUGGGGGGCUCGCUUUAUAAUACUACGAAUUUUGAUUCUCAUGCUUUGAGGUUGGUUGCUAGGCACAGUUUUGGGCACAAUGGAUCCAUUAUCGGAUACCCUGAUGACCAAUUUGAUAGAUAUUGGGAGCCAUAUGAAGAAAAUGUGUCUGUUAUAGCAAGCAAUACGGUCCCGUCAGUUUCCGGGUUCUGGAAUAUCCCCCCUUCAAAAGUAUUCGAAAGGGCACUUUCAACGGCUCGAUCGGAAUCCCUGGAGUUGAGAUGGCCGCCUUUCUCGCUCCCAAGCUCGACUUAUUACAUUGCUCUGUAUUUCGCGGACAAUGGUGAUUCGCCGGCCAGCUCCAGGGAAUUCGACAUACACAUAAAUGAUAUAAGGUACUAUAACAACUUGAUUGUGGGUUCGGAAGGGGCUGCCGUCUUCGCGACCAGAUGGCCUCUUCGUGGUGCUACGAAGAUAACUCUAAGUCCUGCUGCCGAUUCGAAUGCUAGUCCGUUGAUCAAUGCCGGGGAGAUUUUCGAUGUUCUCCGCCUUGGAGGAAGAACUCAUACAAGGGAUGUAAUAGCUUUAGAAGGAAUGAAGAACAGUUUGAGGAACCCUCCACUAGAUUGGAGUGGUGAUCCUUGUCGGCCCCGUGAUUACUCGUGGACCGGAGUUCGAUGCUCCGAGGGUGAACGAAUUCGUGUGAUUUCUUUGAACCUGACUGGUAUUGGUCUUUCGGGGUCACUGUCACCAAGCAUUGCCAAUUUAACAGCACUGAGUAGCAUUUGGCUCGGUAAUAACAGUUUAUCGGGAGUAAUACCGGAUCUCAGCUCAUUGAAGCUACUGGAAACACUGCAUUUGGAAGAGAAUCAGCUCACUGGAGAGAUUCCAUCAUCACUAGGAGACAUUGAAAGCUUGCGUGAACUGUUCUUGCAGAACAACAAUCUGACUGGCCGGAUACCCGAUACCCUUGUCGGAAGACCGAGGCUCGAAGUUAGGACUUCCGGGAAUCAGUUUUUGACACCACCACCUUCUUAAGUAUAUUAUACAUGCGUCCAGAGGUAACUUCACACAACUCGAAUGGUCGAAAUAGUCGAUUUCGGCCCACUCGAAAAACUAGUCGAUAUUCGAGUUGGUUUGGCUAUACUCGAAUAUCGAAACCAAUCGAUAUUCGAGUUGGUUUGAUUCUUUGUUUACUUGAAAUCUAGGUCGUUGUUCAUCAUACCUC